CUGAACAUGGCUGGCCAGCUGUUUUUCUCAAACUGUACAUUGCUGAAAGAACUCUGGUCAUCUCCUGUACUGUGUCCGCAGUCUGUGGUCAUCUCCUGUACUGUGUCCGCAGUCUCUGGUCAUCCCCUGCACUGUGUCCGCAGUCUCUGGUCAUCCCCUGUACCGUGUCCGCAGUCUCUGGUCAUCCCCUGUACCGUGUCCGCAGUCUCUGGUCAUCCCCUGUACCGUGUCCGCAGUCUCUGGUCAUCCCCUGUACCGUGUCCGCAGUCUCUGGUCAUCCCCUGUACCGUGUCCGCAGUCUCUGGUCAUCCCCUGUACCGUGUCCGCAGUCUCUGGUCAUCCCCUGUACCGUGUCCGCAGUCUCUGGUCUCCCCUGUACCGUGUCCGCAGUCUCUGGUCAUCCCCUGUACCGUGUCCGCAGUCUCUGGUCAUCCCCUGUACCGUGUCCGCAGUCUCUGGUCAUCCCCUGUACCGUGUCCGCAGUCUCUGGUCAUCCCCUGUACCAUGUCCGCAGUCUCUGGUCAUCCCCUGUACCGUGUCCGCAGUCUCUGGUCAUCCCCU